AUGCAUAAUCAAACAACCAACGACAUUGAGAACUCCAUAUCCCUCGAUGAAUCCCAAAGCCCGUCACCAAUUCCAGAUGGCCUAGGAGAAGACGACAAACCAGUGAACUGGCCCUCCUCCAAAAAAUGGUCCAUCGUAGUCAGCACUUCUCUCGCAACCUUUAUCGUUUCCUUCGGCAGCAGUGUCUACUCAGCUGCAAUCCCCCACAUCCAAACCCGAUUCAGCGUCUCAUCCGAUACGGCCCUACUAGGCAUAACACUCUACGUUAUUGGCUUCGCCCUUGGUCCGAUGGCAUGGGGUCCCGCUUCGGAACUGUAUGGCAAGCGCCGACCCCUGUUUCUUGGCUACGCCAUCUUCUGCAUCUGCCAACUCCCCUGCGCACUCGCUCAGAACAUAUCUCUGCUCUUGACGUUUCGAUUCCUCUCUGGUCUAGCUGGAUCUUCAAGCCUGGCUAUUCUUGGGGGUAUGUACGUUGACUUCCUCGCCAGACCAGCUGAGCGAGGAAUUUCCACGGCUGUGUUCAGCGUUGCGACGUUUUGCGGACCGACUGUUGGACCUAUCGUUGGAAAUCUAGCGACGCUCAAAUUGGGCUGGCGCUGGACGGCGUGGCUUACUCUGAUAGGAGGUGUCGUCUUCGGGAGCGUUGCGCAUCUUCUGGUUUGGCUGGACCUCCAGUAG